AAUGCUUUGAAGCAGCAUAAAUAUUGCUUGACUGGAAGCAUAACAGAGCAACUCUGCUAAGCUUGAAAAAUAACACCAUGAAAAAAGUUCAGAUGCCUCCCUUCCUCCUUCAACUUUUCUUGCUUUCCCUGCUUUCAUCAAAGGCCGCCACCUCCUCACCGAGGACGCAGGCAGAAGCUCUGAUAGCUUGGAAGAGCAGCUUCUACUUUAAUUAUUCACCUUCUCCUCUCGAUUCAUGGUCCCUCGCCAACCUCAACAACCUUUGCAACUGGACUGCCAUUAUCUGUCACCGCAAUACCAAAACAGUUUCCGAAAUACAUCUCUCCAACUUGCAGAUCACAGCCACACUAACCCACUUCAACUUCACCCCAUUUCUUAAUCUCACUCACUUCAACCUCAGUCAAAACAGUUUUAUUGGGCCUAUACCAUCUGAGCUUGGCCAUUGUACCGACCUCACGAAUUUGUCCCUGGCUUCCAAUUUUCUUAGUGGGGAGCUGCCACAGUCCUUGUCCAAUCUGAACAGCAUUUUCUGGUUGGAUUUCUCCGAUAAUGAAUUUACCGGUCCAAUCUUGCCUUCCGUGAUCUCCAAUUGGAGUCAAGUUGUCUAUAUGAAUCUUCAACGCAAUAGCUUCAGUGGGAAUAUUCCACCUGAGCUUGGGCAGUUGACAACUUUGAAUAGUCUAAGCCUAGACUCUAAUGAUUUUGGUGGGGAACUUCCUAGUCAAAUUGGAAAUCUAAACUUGCUAUUCACACUAAACGUGAGCAGGAACCAUUUGACAGGAGUGAUCCCUCGCAGUAUCGGCAAUUUCACUCAGAUUGUGUCUCUUGAUUUGUCUAAUAACAAUUUGACAGGGGUAAUACCACCUGAUUCCAUCAGCAGUUUGCGCUGGACAUUAGAGAUUUUCAAUGUAUCACACAACCAUCUCUCAGGGGAAAUACCAUCAGAAUUUUCCAACGUGGAUACACUAACCAUCUAUGACUUUUCUUAUAACAAACUCACUGGGCCAAUUCCAACUUGUGGCAUUUUCCGAAAGGCUCCAGCUGAUGCUUUUGUCGGAAACUAUGGCAUGCGGAGAGAUGCAAAGGGAACGACUGCAUGUGAUUCCUCCGGAGACAAUUCAAAUAUUGUACUUGUUAGCAUUUUGCCCUUUGUUUUGGGUGUUGGCGUGGGCUCACCUAUCGUUGGUUUCUUCGUCUUAUUAGUAUUACGCAAGAGAUACAAGCUCCGGCCUCAGGAAAUCAAAACUUCUCAAAACUUUGAGAAUUUUGAGUCAAUGAUAUUGCAAGAGGAAGUAAAGUUUACAUUUGGGGAAGUUGUGAAAGCCGUAGAUGACUUUCAUGAGAAGUACUGCAUUGGGAUAGGAGGAUUUGGAAGAGUAUACAAGGCAGAGUUGGAGUCAGGUCAAGUUGUUGCAGUUAAGAGGCUUAACACGGAAGACUCUAAUGACAUUCCAGCAAUUAAUCUCCGAAGUUUUGACAAUGAAAUCCAAACUUUGAUAAAUAUCCGACAUCGCAACAUCAUAAAGCUAUACGGCUUCUGUUCAAGGAGGGGUUGCAUUUUCUUGCUUUAUGAAUACUUUGAAAGAGGCAGUCUAGGAAAAUCAUUGUAUGGGGUUGAAGGGGUUACUGAACUUGGCUGGGCUACUAGGGUCAAAAUUUUGAAAGGACUUGCUCAUGCACUUUCUUACUUGCACAAUGACUGCACUCCGCCAAUUGUGCACCGCGAUGUAACUGUCAACAAUGUAUUACUUGACCAAGAUUUCGAGCCUCGGCUCUCAGAUUUUGGAACUGCAAGACUGGUGAGUGCUAACUCAUCCAACUGGACACAUAUUGUCGGUUCAUUUGGCUACAUGGCACCAGAGCUUGCAUUGACUAUGCGGGUCACAAAUAAGUGUGACGUAUAUAGCUUUGGAGUCGUAGCACUAGAAGUGAUGAUGGGAAAGCACCCUGGGGAUAUGCUAGAAUCCCAACUAUUAGAGUCGUCAAGAUUAUCGCAGGACAAUGUAGGGUUACUUUUGAAAGAUGUGUUAGACCAACGGCUUGAGCCUCCGACCGCUGAAUUGGCAAAGGCAGUGGUGCUUGUGAUGAGUUUAGCAUUGGCUUGUACACAUGCGCAUCCCAGAUCUCGACCUCCAAUGUCUUUUGUGGCACAAAAACUAUUAGCUCAAGCCCUGCCUUGCCUUCCUGAACCAUUUGGUAUUAUGAGCAUCAGCAAGCUAAUGGGGCUGGGGCUACAUGCUAAUGGAAGCUAGCAGCCGAAUUCUAUGUUUACUUGAGCUGUAAGAUUGGCACAUAAUGGCUGUUGCUUUUGUUUCAUGUUUAUCUAUGCUUUAAGCUAUUAAUCAUAAUAUAUAUCAACCAAACAACA